CUCGCCGUCCGUCCGUCCAUCCACCACUGACCAGUCCACACCCCACCCCACGAUCACUCAUCCGUUCCGUUCCUCCUCUGCUCACCAUCAACCCCUCAUAAAUUCUUCCUUUCUCGGUUCCUUGUCCCAGACCCAAACACACCAACGAAGCAACGCGUAGCCGGCCGAUCUCCGAGUUAAAUGCUGCCCCCUUUCUGACCCCUCCUUCCCUCUCAACCUCGGUCCCCGGCCGGCGUCGCCAUUGCCUCCACUCUCUCUUUCUUCGCCGGAUUCAACUCGACUCAAAAGCCUCGACGCUUUCCAUACCCCCCUCUGUUUCGUUUCUUGCCUUUUUCGCUCCGGGAAGGAAUUUCCAGCAUUCACAUGUGAGUCUCGCCCCUGCCCCUAUCCCUUUCUCCCCCGUCUGUUGGUGUCACCAGGAUCAGGAUCAGAUAGGAAAGCCCAGUCUCAGAAGAAACCGCGUCUGGUUUCCGUGCGCAAUCCGCCAUUGCCGUUUCUUGCAGCUCUCGCAGUCCGUCCCCCGAUUUAUACUCCCGCACUUCCUUCGCCGCCCGGGCCGACAUUGUUCCCUGUUCGACUGAAUCUCGAUUCGAUUCGAUUCCCGCCUCCGUUCGGAUCGGCAAAUCUUGAGGCUUCCCCUGUUCCUGGAUUCCCAAACCGUCGCAUCGAGAGAUCUUCUCCCUUCUUUCGUCCGUUCGCCGGAGAGCAGAGAGGCCUGUUCAAUGGCGGCGGUGAAUCUUGGAGCGUGGCUCUGCGCGCUGCUGGCGGCGGUGGCGGGCGUCCUCCCGGCGGCGGACGCGCUGGGGAUGAACUGGGGCACGCAGGCCACGCACCCGCUCUCGCCCAGGAUCGUCGUGCAGAUGCUCAAGGACAACGGCAUCAAGAAGGUCAAGCUCUUCGACGCCGACCAGGGCACCCUCAACGCGCUCGCCGGCUCCGACAUCGAGGUCAUGGUCGCCAUCCCCAACAACCUGCUCGACCUCAUGAACGACAAGGACAACGCCAGGGACUGGGUGCGCCACAACGUCUCCCGCUACCACUUCGACGGCGGCGUCAACAUCAAGUACGUGGCCGUCGGCAAUGAGCCCUUUUUGGCCUCCUACAACGGCACCUUCGACAAGGUCACCUUCCCGGCGCUGCAGAACAUCCAGAACGCGCUCAACGACGCCGGAUUCAGCGAGAUCAAGGCCACCGUGCCGCUCAACGCCGACGUCUACAACUCGCCCGCCAACAACCAGGUGCCGUCGGCGGGCCGCUUCCGGACGGACGUCGCCCCGCUCAUGACGCAGAUGGUGCAGUUCCUGGCCAACAACAGCGCCCCCUUCACCGUCAACAUCUACCCCUACCUCAGCCUCUACCUCAGCGAGGACUUCCCCGUCGACUUCGCCUUCUUCGACGGCCUCGCCAAGCCGCUGGUCGACGGCGUCAACACUUACACCAACGUGUUCGACGCCAACUUCGACACGCUGGUGUCGGCGCUCGCCGCCGUCGGCCACGGCGACUUGCCCAUCGUCAUCGGCGAGGUCGGCUGGCCGACCGACGGCGACAAGCACGCCACCAACGCCCUCGCCAAGCGCUUCUACGACGGCCUGCUGCCGCGGCUGGCGGCCAACACCGGCACGCCGCUCCGGCCCAAACAGUACAUGGAGGUCUACCUCUUCGGGCUCCUGGACGAGGACGUCAAGAGCGUGGCGCCGGGCGCGUUCGAGCGGCACUGGGGCGUGCUCCGCUUCGACGGCCAGCCCAAGUUCCCCAUGGACCUCACCGGGAACGGGCAGAACACCAUGCUGGUGCCGGCCAAGGGCGUGCAGUACCUGCCCAGGACGUGGUGCGUGUACAACCCCAACGCCGAGGACAAGAGCAAGCUGGUGGAGAACGUGAACUACGCCUGCACCUUCGCCGACUGCACGGCGCUCGGCAUGGGCUCCAGCUGCUACGGCAUGGACGUGAACGGCAACGCCUCCUACGCCUUCAACAUGUACUUCCAGGUGCAGAACCAAAAGGACGAGGCGUGCGACUUCCAGGCGCUCGCCGUGCCCACGCAGACCGACCCCUCCACCGCCGCCUGCAGCUUCCCCAUACAGAUCGCCGCCGCCUCCUCGACGUCGGGUGGCCACCGGCGAGCGCGCGCCGGGCCGCUCGGCGCCGCCGCUCUGCUCGUGCUGCUGUCUCUGGUCCAGCUCUUGAUGUCGCAUUAGAGAAUCAAACAGACUUGUUUUUCAUCAGUUGAUCAUUUGUUGCCUCAUAGCAUAUAUUUUUUGGAUCAGCAGUAGUUACUAGCAGUAAUCCGGUACGAGUCUUUGUACUGGAGGCAUAUAUACCGGAGGAUAUAUGUUCAGAUGGCAUUUCACAUGAUGUUCAAACACUUGAUGUGCUUGAUGACUAUGGUGUACAGUUCAUUCAGAAUCCCAGAUCCAAUGACCCAGUGAUAUUUCACAAAACAUUAAAAAAAAAUCUUGAUGUGUU